GGCUUGGGCCCGCCAGUGUCCGCACCGCCGUUCUCGUCACAAAUGUUGCUCACUCUGCCUCUGCUUUUUACUUUUUAGACACCACGACAACGUCCCAUGUUUUCGUGUGAGCUUUGUUGUUGAAAAAUACAAAGCAGACUUGAUCUUCAUUCUCAAAAUGGCUCAGCGUUCACAGACUCUGGGUGAAAUUUUCAAUUUGUUCCAACAGCACCUCGACGGCGAACAAGACUUGCGUGAAGACAUUCGCCUUGCAGUCCGAGAUUUGGAGCAAUCUGCUAGGGGUAUACUCACAGCACUGCAGGCCAUUCAUCAACCAGAUGGCAUUUCCAAGAUACAUGAGCUGUGCAAGAAAUCGAGGAGUGCCUUUACUAACGUCCAGAAUCAGUAUGCAGUCCUGAAGUCCAAGGUACCUGAGAACCAGUAUUAUAGGUUUCAUGACCACUGGAGGUUUGUUACUCAGAGGCUCACAUUCCUUGCUGGUCUGACUGUCUAUCUAGAGUCAGAAGCACUAAUUCAGAGGGAGGAAGUAGCUGCUAUGCUAGGAGUGUGUGUAGACCAAACCGAGGGGUUCCACAUUGACUUGGAUGACUACCUCACAGGACUUCUCAUGAUGGCCGAUGAGCUUAGCCGUUUUGCCGUAAACAGCGUAACUUCAGGAGACUAUAGCUGGCCUGUCAAGAUCGCACGCUUUGUCACGGAGAUGAAUCUGGGUUUUCGGCUACUUAACCUGAAAAAUGAUUCUCUGAGAAAGAAGUUUGAUGCCCUGAAGUAUGACUUGAAAAAGGUGGAGGAGGUAGUGUAUGACUUGUCUAUUAGAGGACUGCGACCAUCAAGUGAGAACCAGCCACCAUCAGAGGGCCAUAUGUAAGCUGAUGUGCUUGCCACUGUGGAACUGCACUGUGUUUGAAUUUAUUAAAACAUGCUUAAUGGA